AUGCGUAGCGGCUCACGGAUUCGACCUGGGGGAGAUAGGCAAGUGUGUGGAGACGUGGCGCAUUGUGGAAGCGGAGGAAGAACCAGAGUCCCUGCUGCUGCGACGAUGAAGGUGCCGCCGCCGCCGCCGGGCUUCCGAGAGGCCGAGAGUGAUUCGCCCCCAGCUCUGAGACUUAAGGGAGUUGUGGAUUACAUUCAAUUUGGGUGGAUCGAUUGGAACCCUAACUACGGCGAUUUGUUCAUCCAAUGCGAGGUUUGGAUUGGAGUUGCGAUGGUGAAGGGAAGGGAUGCAUGUUACAAUCAGUAA